UCAAGCUCAGGGUUUGAACAAGAUGAAGAAGUUCAUGCUUCUGGUAACGCUUAUGGUUCUGGCUAUCACUCACAACUGUGAGGUGGUAGCAGAGAAGAGUGAGCAUGUGAAAAAGACGUACAUCAUUCACAUGGACAAGUCCCUAAUGCCUACGAGUUUCGAAGACGACCAUGUCAACUGGUACAGCUCGUCGUUGAAAGCAGUCACCGAUUCAGCUGACAUGCUUUACACUUACAAGACUGUCAUCCAUGGCUACUCCACGAGGCUGACUGCCGAGGAAGCUGAACUUCUCGAAAAGCAGCCAGGGAUUCUCUCUGUCCUGCCGGAGAGGAGGUACGAGCUUCACACAACUAGGACUCCGGAGUUUCUUGGACUAGGCAAAAGCGAAGCUGUGUUUCCGGCUUCGGAUAUGGUGAGUGAGGUGAUCAUCGGAGUGGUGGACACCGGCGUGUGGCCGGAGCACAAAAGCUACGACGACACUGGUCUUGGACCAGUGCCGAGUGGCUGGAAAGGGACGUGCCAGCAGGGUAAGACGUUCAACUCUUCGAGCUGCAACAAGAAGCUGAUUGGUGCUACGUUUUUCUCAAACGGGUACGAAGCAGCGUUUGGACCUAUUGACGAAAGCGUUGAAUCGAAGUCACCGAGAGACGACGAUGGCCACGGAACGCACACCUCAACCACAGCGGCGGGGUCAGUUGUUACAGGAGCCAGCUUUCUUGGUUAUGCUCCAGGCACAGCUAGGGGUAUGGCGCCACAAGCUCGAAUAGCUACAUACAAGGCUUGCUGGCUUGGAGGGUGCUUCGGUUCUGAUAUCAUAGCUGCAAUGGAGAAGGCUGUUGAGGAUGGGGUUAAUGUUUUGUCUUUGUCUAUUGGUGGAUCGCAGGUUGAUUAUUAUAGAGACACGGUUGCCAUUGGAGCUUUCUCUGCGGCGGCGCAGGGUAUUCUAGUGUCGUGUUCGGCGGGAAAUGGUGGACCGGAGGCGGGAAGCUUGUCCAAUGUUGCGCCUUGGAUAACCACUGUGGGCGCUGGAACAUUGGACAGGGACUUCCCGGCUUAUGUCAGCCUUGGAAGUGCGAAGAAGUAUGCAGGUAUAUCUCUAUACAGGGGAACGGCCUUAUCUAGUGGAUUGAUUCCACUUAUAGAUGCUCGCAACGCGAGCAGUUCAAGUGAUGAUCUUUGCAGUCCAGACAGUUUGAUUCCGGCAAAGGUUGCCGGGAAGAUUGUGGUGUGUGACAGAGGGGGAACUCCGAGGGUUCAAAAGAGUCUGGUGGUGAAAAAGGCUGGUGGUGUGGGGAUGAUUUUGACCAACACCGAAACAUUUGGAGAAGAGCUUGUUGCUGAUGCGUAUUUCCUUCCUACAGCAGCAGUUGGCCAGAAAGCUGGUGACGCAAUAAAGAGCUAUAUUGCAUCAGAUUCUAAUCCCACAGCAACAAUUACUCUUGGAGAAACAAAGUUAGGCGUUCAACCUUCACCGGUGGUGGCUGCGUUUAGCUCUAGAGGACCAAAUUUUGUCACUCCAGAAGUGCUCAAACCAGACCUGAUAGCACCAGGAAUGAACAUCCUAGCUGGGUGGACUGGCGCAGUUGGACCAACUGGACUUCCUGAAGACAAGAGGAGGGUGAACUUCAACAUCAUUUCAGGUACAUCCAUGUCGUGCCCACACGUGAGUGGACUAGCGGCCCUUGUCAAGGCGGCUCACCCUGACUGGAGUCCUGCAGCCAUCAAGUCUGCUCUCAUGACCACAGCCUAUUCAAACUACAAAACUGGAGAAACAAUCAGAGAUGUUUCUACCGGAAGUGCUGCAACACCUUUCGAUUAUGGUGCUGGGCAUGUGGAUCCAGUAACAGCUCUUGACCCUGGCCUUGUCUAUGAUCUUGCUGUGGAGGACUACCUAAGUUUCCUAUGUGCCUUGAAUUAUUCCGCUUCUCAGAUCAAGCAAACCACUAAGAAGGACUUUACCUGUGGCUCAAGCAAGAAAUAUAGCCUCGGAGAUUUGAAUUACCCCUCCUUUUCUCUUGCUCUGGAUACAUCUUCAGGCCAAGGGGGUGGUACUGGUGCAUCAACCACUCUUAAGUAUACAAGGACUCUGACCAAUGUGGGUGCCCCGGCAACAUACAAGGUCUCAGUGUCUUCACUGACCCCAGCAGUGAAGAUAUCUGUAGAACCAGGAACACUAAGUUUCAGUGAUUCAUAUGAGAAGAAGACAUACACUGUGACUUUUGUUGCUAGCUCUUUGCCAUCCGGCACAGCCAGCUUCGGUCGCUUGGAAUGGUCUGAUGGGAAACACAUUGUAGGUAGUCAUAUUGCUUACACCUGGGUAUAGAUUAACAUUCAAGAACUGAUCUAACUCCAGAUCAGGUAUUUCAAGGUUCCUGCAUAAAACCAAUUGUAUAUCUUCGCAUAUGUCGUAUAUUUAUUUGGUUUCUCUCUUGGUAUCCCAACAACUGAGCAAAGUAUAGCCAGUUGAUGUAUUUCUUAGUUCAGUGUUGAAAUUAAAGGAGGAAAGAGCAGAUGGUUGAUAAAAUUGAUUGUACAGGAAACUGUGUAAGGAAUUGACCCGAAUGCUACUUUGAAAAGUAUUUCCUAAUUGCAUUCAUAUGAAAAGUAUGAUCUGAUAGGUUUCGAAGUCUAGUAAGAGAGCACAUUGAUUCUUAUAUUUUUAUUUUUACAUUUUCAGUUGCCACUGAUAAACU